AAUUUAGUACCAUACAGAUUAUGUUCAUCUAAGGGCGCUUUUAGUUCACAGAAUGUUUUUUGGAAUGAAUGAAAUCUGUUAAAGAUUUUGGAAUCUGAUGGAAUGAAAUUUGACGGAAUGUUUUUCAUUUUUGAAAAUUUAACUAACGGAAGAAAUGAGAUUCCUUACCCCAUGGAAUGGAGAUUCCAUCAAAUGAGGACAUUCAAACGAAAUGAUAUUCUUUAAUCAUUAAACAACCAAACACACUAAAAAAUGACAUUCAAUUCCAAUUCCAUUAAAAUCUAUCAGAAUCUGCAAACAAAAUUAACUCAACGUAAGUAUUGCAACUGUGAGUACACUCUUAAAGACAAAAGUAACGUACAAAGUAGGAUAAGAAUGUGUUGCAAAAUGUCAAUGAAAAUGAAAUCAGACCCUGACCCAAAAUACCAACCAACCGGCCAAUAAUUAUACAUGCAUGGACCAUAGCAAUUACUACUAUAUAUUAUAUGUUCUCAUGCGUCGAUCAUGCAUAAAAUCCUUCUAUAAAUAGAAACAUAGAACACACUAGUUUCCUCAUCAUACUUCCAUAUAUAGAAACUUCUUCAUUCUCAAGCAAUAUGGCUUCAAAAGCAUUGCUUCUUCUUGCCCUAGCUUUUGCUGUAGUCCUUCUUGUUGCCUCCGAAGUUGUCUCGGCCAAGGAAAGUGAACUCGAUGACAAGCAUGGUAGUGGAGGAUAUAACAACGGAGGAGGACGUGGAGGAUAUAACAAUGGUGGUGGACGUGGAGGAGGGAAUGACAACGGUGGUGGACGUGGAGGGAAUAACAACGGUGGUGGACGUGGAGGAGGGAAUGACAACGGUGGUGGACACGGCGGAGGGAAUAACAACGGUGGUGGACGUGGAGGAGGAAAUAACAACGGUGGUGGACGUGGAGGAAAUGACAAUGGUGGUGGACGAGGAGGACACGAUAACGGUGGUGGUCGUGGAGGCAGCGGUGGUGGUGGAGGAGGAGGCGGCGGUGGUGGCCGAGGAGGCGGCGGCAGAGGCAGCGGCGGUGGAUGCAGGCAUGGUUGCUGUGGCGGUGGAGGCGGUUACAACAACAACUACAACGGUGGAGGGUGCAGGUGUUGCUCCACUUUUGCCGAGGCAACUGCUUACAAACAAGCUCACCAAAACUGAUCAUCAUCACUACUAUACGGAGGCAUUUAGGGUGGACCAUGUUAUUUUAUGUCAUGUAUUAAGAAGAUGGUUCCCCAUGCACUCAUCAUGCAAUAUGCAUUUAUGCUUAUGAAUGUAAUAACUGGCAUGCAUGGCUUCUUGUAAGAAACAUGCAUUCAAUAUGUACGUGUUAAAUAAGUUAAAUCCUCUUUUAGUAUCAA